AUGCUAAGAGCGCAAAAAUUACCAUUCGCGCGUUUAACUGACUUUUGUAUUGGAUGGGAUGAGAUGACGGGGGUUGUUGUGGUGGUGGUGGUGGGAACUUAUCCGUUUAAAUUAGAUUUGUGUUUACCUCCCAUCCGGGAAGUUUCUUCUUUACCUUCCAUGUGGCGGCAUUGCGUCGAAAGUAGCAGAAAGUAUUUUGAAACCAAUUGUAGAUUUCAUUGA